UUUCACCAUCGUCCUCUUGAAGCAACCUGUUCUUUCAAGCCCAUUUCUUCUUCUUCUUUGUGUUCUGGCCUUCCCUUUUUCGUAGCCGGUUUUAAUCUCUCUUUUCAACGAUUCUCGACUCUCAUUACAAUGCCUCUUUGUCGCUCUUCUUGAGAAGACAGACUCCUCCCCAGAUAAGCCGUCUGUGUUUAUUCUUUAAAUAAGAAAAAAAUAUAUAUAUUUAAUCAUACAUUCAGCCCUUGUCGUUUCCGUUGACCACGAUGUCCUCCUCACCGUCUAGCGUUCGACAGCGAGGAGGUAAGAGACAUGGCGGCGCUGACACACCGGAGAAAGCACCGGUGUCCACGGCUCCGCCAACAUUCAGCCCGCAGCCCGCGAUGAAACCGAGCUCCGAAUGGGACUACAAGCUUGCAUUAGCGGUGAUAACAGCGGUGGCAUUUGUCUCUCGUUUCUAUAAGAUUAGUUUCCCAGACCAGGUGGUUUUUGACGAGGUGCAUUUUGGAAAGUUUGCUUCAUAUUACCUCCAACGUACCUACUUCUUUGAUGUUCACCCUCCAUUUGCAAAGCUCCUCUUCGCGUUCGUAGGAUGGCUCGUCGGAUAUGACGGCCACUUUCUCUUUGACAACAUUGGAGACUCCUACAUUGAGAACAAGGUGCCAUAUGUUGCGCUGCGCUCUUUGCCCGCGACACUCGGUGCUCUCACCGUCCCAGUGGUAUUCUUGAUUAUGUGGGAAUCUGGAUACUCACUGCCGGCAUGUGUGCUCUCCGCGGGGCUGGUAUUGUUUGAUAACGCUCAUGUCGGCGAGGACAGGCUGAUCUUACUUGACGCGACCCUGGUCCUCUCAAUGGCUCUGAGUGUCCUUUGCUAUGUCCGGUUUUAUAAAUUGAGACACGAAGCAUUUGGCCGUAAAUGGUGGAAAUGGUUGCUGUUGACUGGAGUUUCGCUUAGCUGUGUGAUUUCAACCAAAUACGUCGGACUCUUUACCUUCGUUACUAUUGGAUCCGCGGUCUUGAUUGACUUGUGGAACCUUCUUGACGUCAAUCGCCGCAGUGGUUCUCUUACCCUGUUCCAAUUCGGUCAGCACUUCGCCGCUCGCGCCUUGGGCUUGAUCGUGGUGCCGUUCUUUUUCUACUUAUUCUGGUUCCAGGUCCACUUUGCGGUCCUUAACAGAUCCGGCCCUGGCGACAAUUUCAUGACGCCUGAAUUUCAGGAGACACUGAUGGACAAUGCUAUGGCUGCAAAGUCCGUGGGAGUUCAAUACUACGACACCAUCACUAUCCGACACAAGCAAACUAAAACAUAUCUUCACAGCCAUCCGGACAAAUAUCCACUCCGAUAUGAUGACGGCCGUAUAUCUAGUCAAGGCCAACAAGUCACCGGAUACCCUUACAAUGAUACCAACAAUCACUGGCAAAUCCUGCCAUCAGUGCCGUUCGCAGAAAACGACCGUUUAGGCCAUGUAAUCAAGAAUGGCGACACCGUUCAACUUCGACACGUUGUCACUGACACGAUUCUCUUGACUCAUGAUGUUGCUUCCCCAUAUUAUCCCACAAAUCAGGAGUUCACCACUGUCUCUCAUGAAUUGGCAGCUGGGAAUCGCCACAAUGAUACUUUAUUUCAAAUCAAAAUCGAGCAUGGUAAAUCCGAUGAAGAAUUCCGAACAUUGGCUAGCUUGUUCAAGCUCAUCCAUGUUCCAACCAAGGUCGCGAUGUGGACACAUACAAAGCCCUUGCCUGAGUGGGGUUUCAAACAAGCUGAAAUUAACGGGAACAAGAAUGCUCAGGAGUCAACAAAUAUAUGGUUUGCUGAAGAUAUUCCUUCACUAGAACCAGAGAAUCCCCGCUUGAUUCGAGAGCCUCGUCAAGUCAAGCACAUGCCUUUCUUGAAGAAGUAUCUUGAGCUCCAGGCGGCGAUGUUCUAUCACAACAACGCGCUCACUGCCAGUCACCCAUAUGCCAGUGAACCGUUCCAGUGGCCUUUCCUUCUCCGUGGCGUCAGCUUCUGGACCAAGAAUGAUACCAGAGAGCAGAUCUACUUCUUGGGCAACCCUGUUGGAUGGUGGAUCGCGAGCAGUCUUUUGGCGGUUUUCGCUGGUAUUAUCGGUGCUGAUCAACUUUCAUUGCGUCGAGGAGUAGAUGCUCUUGAAGAAAUUUGGGGUCCAGGAACCCGCUCUCGGCUUUAUAAUAGCACUGGGUUUUUCUAUCUAUGCUGGGCAGCCCAUUAUUUCCCAUUCUAUCUGAUGGGUCGACAGCGUUUCCUUCACCAUUAUCUUCCCGCACACAUUGCAUCUUGUCUCGUGACGGGAGCCCUUGUCGAGUUCCUUUUCAACGUUGACCCAGUCAACGUGGAGGAUACCAGUGAUUCCGCACGUCAUCGUCGUCGACUUGGUGGCGUCAGCGCACGCAUGGGCCGUCAGAGCAUCAUGACCAUAUGGGCGGUCACAAUUGCUAUUCUCAGCGCUGUUAUUUGGGGAUUCGGGUUCUUUGCUCCACUCACAUACGGAACUCCGGGACUGGAUGUUGCCGGCGUCAAGGCGCGACAGUGGCUCUCUUAUGACUUGCAUUUUGCCAAAUAAGGAAUUAACUUGACCCCAUUGCGGGAAUAAAUGGUGCGAAUGAUGGAAUGCCAGGAAUCACGGGUUCAAGGAAAUAGUUCAGAAAGAUAUUCGAGAUUAAAAGGUCAUCUCAUACGCCAGUUCACACGGUUAUGUAAUUUUCUCUCUCUCUCUCUCUUUUUUUUUGACAGCAGAAUGCAGUCCUAAUCUCUCAAAACCUAUUAUACUCUCAUAUCACCUUUGGUUCAACAAAAUGCGGUCCAUAUAUCACGAUGCGACAGGCGGGGCGCUGGAUUUUUGUUUUAUCCUCUUGUCUCCAAAUUUCUUAAAUGUACAGUACAUACAUAUUGCUUUUACAUG